AUGAAUUAAUGUUUGAAUAAUAAGAGCAAAGCAAUAAUAAUUAAGUAGCCUGACCCUACAUUUAUGAGAGCACUGAAUUUAAGCAAAAAUACUAAAUCUAAUAAUUAAAUACCUAAAGAACAGUAAUAAAUAGCAACUUAAAGAACUUAAAGAACCAUCAUACCUUCAAUGUAUAAAACAAAGUUAAUAUUUCAAUAGAAAAUCAAUCUCAAACAAAAAUAGUUAAGAAAAGAUUAGAGUUUAUGAUGUUUUCAAAUAGAUUCCUAGAAAUAAAAGUUAAUCCUAUCAUAAUCACAUUAAUAAAAUGGAUGAAUCAAGAGAUAUAUUAAACAAACUAAAUUAGCAAAAAAAAAUCAAUGUUGGUAAAUAUUUUAAGUUUAAAUGAAGUAAAGAUUGUUAAAAAACAUCUAGAUUUUUAGAACCAGUUUAAACAACUCAUAGAGUUGAACUGCCACCUUCAAAUAAAAAAAGAUCAUAUAGUAAUGCAUAACCAUUAGAUAAACUUUUUAAAAUGAAUGAUAAUUCUAUAUCAUACAUUAAGCCACCAUUAGAAACACAAAGAAAAAUCUCAAAAAUUAAGACUAAUUUAAAAUUAUAAAGAGAUGAUAAUAUUUUAGAUUUAUUACUAUUAAAUACAUGUGAGUUAAAAAAAAAGUUAUCAAAUAAAUCAAGUAAUAAUAGCAGUUUUAUUUGUGUAAGACCUGGCAAGCUACCUAAAGACUUCUUUAUUUAUCAUUAAUGA